GACGAACCUUCUGCUGCGGCAACGAGUCCUCAGCUCUUGCCGUUCAGACGUACCGGGGAGUUGGUAGUGCGCGCUCGUUCGUCUCUUUUGUGUCAGUUCGCAGCUCUGUGAGCCACCUCAACCAGCCAAGAUGGAGGCCAUCAAGAAAAAGAUGCAGGCGAUGAAGCUCGAGAAGGAUAAUGCCGUCGAUCGAGCUGAAACCGCCGAGAAUCAGUCCAAGGAUGCCGCCCUCCGCGCAGAGAAGGCCGAAGAGGAGGUUCGCAGCCUUCAGAAGAAGAUCCAGCAGAUUGAAAAUGACCUCGACCAGGUUCAAGAACAGCUCUCUCAGGCCAACAACAAGCUGGAAGAGAAGGACAAGGCCCUGCAACAGGCUGAGGCCGAUGUAGCCGCCCUGAACAGGCGUAUCCAGCUGUUGGAAGAAGAUCUGGAGAGGUCAGAAGAAAGGCUGAAGGUGGCCACACAGAAGCUCGAGGAGGCUUCCCAAGCCGCUGAUGAGAGUGAACGCAUCCGCAAAGCUCUGGAAAACCGCACAAACCUGGAAGAUGACCGCAUAUCCGUCCUGGAGUCGCAGCUGGGGCAGGCGCGUCUCAUCGCGGAGGAGUCUGACAAGAAAUAUGAAGAGAUGGCUCGCCGAAUCGCGCUGCUCGAAGCGGACCUGGAACGUGCGGAGGAAAGAGCCACGACGGGCGAGAGCAAGAUUGUAGAACUUGAAGAGGAGCUCAGAGUUGUUGGCAACAACCUCAAGUCCCUGGAAGUCAGUGAAGAGAAGGCCAUGCAAAAGGAAGAAACCUACGAAGGACAAAUUCGCCAGAUGACAGCUAGGCUCCAGGAGGCUGAAGCCCGUGCUGAAUUUUCUGAGAGGUCCGUGCAGAAGCUCCAGAAGGAAGUGGACAGACUGGAAGACGAGCUUGUCCAGGAGAAGGAGAAGUACAAAGCCAUCUCGGACGAGCUCGACCAGACAUUCUCCGAACUCACCGGCUACUAAACGCCACCGUCUACGCUGCGACACGAUACAACCACCAAACACAUCGCUGCUGCUGCUCCGUCGUCUUUUUAAACGCUAUUGGUCUCUGUUAUUCUCUAUCGGUGGCCGGACGUCAAGGACCCAGGACAAUGCUGCUGCCUUUAGGGAAAGAGAAAAAAAAUGUGGUGACA